AUUAAAUAAAGAGAGGGAAGGAAACAGACAGAGAAGAAGGAGAGACCUUCGUUUGCGCGUUUUCUGUAGUCUCUCUCUUACGGCUGUGCCAAUGGCGAGCGCCGUGAUCCGUCAUUUACGAUUAGAGGUAGAAGAAGCCGCUUCAUCCCCGUCUCUCUCCGCCUGAUCUUAAGAAAAGAAAAUCCAAAUCGUUUUGUUUGUAUAUGAUUGAGAGAUUUGGUAGAGGAAGUUUUUGAGUAUUGUUCUCAAGCUUAGGGAAACAAUGUCAACAAAAGGAGACCAUCAUACAGUUCCACUUUCAGUUUUGCUCAAGCGUGAAUCAGCAAAUGAAAAGAUAGACAGCCCUGAACUUGUGCACGGCCAGUUUAAUCAGAGCAAGAAAGGGGAGGACUUUACGUUUGUCAAAACAGACUGUCAAAGGGUCAUGGGGGAUGGCGUUUCUACCUUCUCAGUUUUUGGGCUUUUUGAUGGACACAAUGGCCCUGCAGCAGCUAUCUACACCAAGGAAAACCUUCUGAACAAUGUAUUAGCUGCAAUACCCCCUGAUCUCAACAGAGAUGAGUGGGUUGCCGCACUUCCUAGGGCUAUGGUAGCAGGAUUUGUGAAAACUGAUAAAGAUUUCCAGGAAAGAGCAAGGAAGUCUGGAACGACUGUAACCUUUGUCAUAGUAGAAGGAUGGGUGGUGAGUGUUGCAUCUGUAGGUGACUCUCGUUGCAUACUUGAGCCUGCUGAGGGUGGUGUCUAUUAUUUAUCUGCUGAUCAUCGGCUUGAAAUAAACGAAGAAGAGCGAGAUCGUGUUACAGCAAGUGGUGGUGAAGUUGGUCGGCUAAAUACUGGUGGUGGUACUGAGAUUGGUCCUCUGAGAUGUUGGCCUGGUGGUCUCUGUCUCUCGAGAUCCAUUGGAGAUCUGGAUGUUGGCGAAUACAUUGUUCCAGUUCCUUAUGUGAAGCAAGUCAAGUUAUCUUCAGCUGGUGGUCGACUUAUCAUCUCAAGUGAUGGUGUGUGGGAUGCAAUUAGUGCAGAAGAGGCUCUUGAUUGUUGCCGGGGUUUGCCACCUGAACAUUCCGCCGAGCAUAUUGUUAAAGAAGCUGUGGGGAAAAAAGGUAUUCGCGAUGAUACAACAUGUAUAGUGGUUGAUAUAUUGCCAUCAGAAAAACUAGCUGCAUCCGUGCCGCCGCCGAAAAAGCAAGGGAAAGGAAUGUUAAAGUCAAUGUUCAAAAGAAAAGGUUCGGACUCUUCUUCUAAUAUAGAGAAAGAGUAUGCAGAACCUGAUUUAGUUGAAGAACUGUUUGAAGAGGGAUCAGCUAUGCUUUCAGAGAGAUUAGAUACAAAGUACCCGCUUUGCAAUAUGUUCAAGUUGUUCAUGUGUGCUGUGUGUCAAGUAGAAGUGAAACCAGGAGAAGGUGUCUCGAUCCAUGCUGGAACGGCUAAUUGCAGAAAGCUUCGUCCAUGGGAUGGUCCAUUCCUUUGUGCAAGUUGCCAAGAGAAGAAAGACGCAAUGGAAGGGAAACGAGAUAGACAUAGUAGUGAGAGCGACUAGCCAGCCAGCAAUUUAUUUGAUCAAGCAACUAACAAAAACAGUGUUGUGAGUAAUAUGGAGCGGUUCAAGGAUCUUCACCGGUCUCUGGCGAACUCCAAAGCAUGUUUAUUUAUAUAUUUUUUUCUUUGAUAUGGCUCUCCCUUCACAGCAUCCAUAGCCGAUAUUACUAAGGUAACUCGGAAGUUCUUUCAUUUUCUUUCUAUUUUUUUCAUUUGUGAUGAUCCUUUGGUGUUUCAAAAUGAGUAGAACUAACUGCUGAGAGACGGUAGGUAAAGAAAAUAUGCGAGCCUGUGUGCAUUAUUUCAUGUACAAAACCAAUGAACAAACAAUUUAUGGGCAGAAGCAUAAUUUUUCAUGUAA